GUUAGAUAGGAACAAGCAUAUUUGGCUAAAUGAAUCCCACAUCAAUAAAGUUACACUCAAGAUGGUUUUGGCUCGGUGUGUGUAAGGUGAGAGGAGGGGUGUCAGAGUUCUAGAUACUCAUUCAAGUUACUGAAACCGGGUUUUAAAAUCAAUUGAAACUGUACAGGGAACAGCAGACCUUUCUGUUGAGAAUGGACAAUAACUAUAACAAAUGUGCAAAAUCCCCAUGAAGUAAGGGCUGAAAUAGCCAGAUGUACAAUAUAACUGACCUUAAAAAACAUGCACCCAUUAUAACCGACUGUGCUUAAAUGCUGAUCUCAUCCCUCCCUGUCCCCAAAGUAGCUGCAGCCAUGUAGUGGUGAUGUGUUCCCUGAUUCUGUAUACUGCAUUUUAAUGCAGUUCCUUGUAUCCAAUUAUGCGUUGAUAUGUUUUGGACAAUUUCCCCUCAGAGGUAGGGAAGGAAAACAAGACCCCAACCCCGACUACUUUGUGUAGAGCAUAGGAGUUUAGGGAAGAUUCAUUUAAUCAGGCAAAGACAGAACUGACAUUUCAGGCAAUUGUAGCCAGCAUGGGGGGGCUGCAUGCACAUUUCUCUUAGGAAGUGGCAGUGGGAGGCUAGCAGGAUUGCGGCAGCUUGGUCUUGCUCCAAUGGUUUGUCCAGGGAGCGAUUCAUGUUUCCCCUAAGGCUGCCUCUCAUUAGCAUGAACCAGAAGGAAGGGCAUAAAAGACUCCAGUUCAUUUAGAGUCUGGAAAAGGUUUCCUUCAACAUGACAACCAAAGCAUUCUUGCUCCUCUGUUUUGUCAUGGGACCAUCGUCCAACUUGGUGGCAGGAUACCUGCCCUAUAUCGGAAAACCCAUUCGAGCACUCAGCAAGGAUGGGUACAGUGCAGCAGACUCGACACCAAGCCAAACUAAGUUCCCAUUUAGAAGCAGCAGUGGUGGUGAAGAGAAUCAAACAGAGCAUUGGUUGCUGUCUCCAGCUAACCUCCAGUGGCCAAAAGCUGCUGACAUCCUCUCAGUCUCACCAGACAAAAAGAAAAAGGCCAAGACCUCAGUGGAAAACAAUACAGGGCUGAGGAAAGAGCCUCACCAGGAUGGCAGGGUCCUGGCUUCCGAGAGCGACAUGGAGGGACCUCCUUCUGCUUCCUUUGACUUCAAUCAUGCAAACAGAAUGCAUGCAGAUAGGUUUCAGUUCGAGGCAGCGAACAGCAUCUCAGCACACUUCCACCAUAGAACAUUUUCCCAUUAUAAAGGCAGAUCCUUGACUUUAGCUGAGAUGCAUCCUUUCCAAGACACAGGGACAGUUGAGACAGAAGAUCCCAAUAUGGUGGAUCAUCUUAACCGACCUGGCAAGAUGAAUCCCUACAAACAGCAUGACCCUAUAAGAAACGUCAGCAAGCCCUCCUGGGUCACCAACCGCCAGUCAUCUAGCCUGCUGUAUCACUUCAACGUGCUGAAAAAAGUUCUAGAUGCUGACAACAAGGAGAAGGUGUGCCUGACUGAGUGCAGGAGGGAGAGGGAUGAAGCAGAGGCUUUCUGUGUGAGUGAAUUUGCAGUGAAUGGGAUUGUUCAUGAUGUGGAAACACUGGAGAAAGGAGUCCACCUUGUUACACUCUUGGUAAAUAACGACGGAUUAUACAAGAUGAGUCGCCUAUAUAUCACCCCUGAUGGCUUCUUCUUCCGAGUUCACAUUCUCAUUGUGGAUGCUUUAAACUGCAGUAAACCAUGUCCAGAUUUUAAACUUGGAAGUAGAUAUAUUGUGAUGGGUCAGAUCUACCACAAGAGACGGCAGCUACCUGCACCUCUGCUGCAGUUGCUGAGAGGGCGUCUGCGGCCAGGAGAUGGGCUGCUAAGGAGCAGCAGCAACUAUGUAAAAAGAUUUAACAAGAAAAGAGAUCGUAAAGUUCAAGGGGCAGCUCACACCAAGUGUAGAUGAGGCUACAGUCCUAACUGCUUUACUAGGGCGUAAGCAGCACUGGCAGUCAGCUAGCAGAACAAAACUGGUCUCUACUUUAACUGAGUCUGACCUUCCUUCCAUAGUAAGAAUCCUUUUAGAAUGACUACAGCUCAGCUCUUGCUUAAUUCUGUCUCCAGUACUGAUGAACACCUGAUGUCUUAUAUAGUUUAUAAAAUAAUGUUUCUUUCAAAGGUUCUGAUUAUAUACAGAUACUAAUAUAGUGUGCCAAAAAAAAAAAAAGCCUAGAAAUCAAACCUGUUCACUAACUGUAGAGAACACAAGCUGGUUAGUGGAUUUCUCUUUAAAUAUGGUUCCAAAGUAAUAGAUUAUCCUUUUUGUAAUAAUCAAAAUAUUAGGAUUUAAAUUGUGUAUGUUUACAGCUAAAUUCUUUUGUCAGCACCUCUUAUGUUUAUCAGGAGUAACUGGAGUCACUCUGGCUUUACACCAGUUUAACUGAAAACAGCUGUCUCAGAUUAAUAUUCAAAACAGUGUAUUUCAUAGUAUUAAAGUUCUCAGUGCACUGAGGUUU